CCUGAUGCAUAAUCUAAUUCAUAAACAGUUUGUAACUUCAUUGUAUAGGGUGUAGUUAGCGGCUUGCUGUCCUUCUACACUUUUUUUUAUGUUUUUUUUUUAGUUUUUCAUUCCUUUGGUCGAGAAACAUCAGGCUUUUUAUCGUCUACUCUCUAAAUCCUACUCACAUCUGAUUGGAGCCAUACUCUGAGCGUCGGAAGUGUUCCCAUUGGCUGCUGUGAUGUGAUUUGCUCGGUCCCCCGGACAGUCGCAGAUAGAUGGUAAGCGGGAGUCGAGACUGUUACAGUUCUGUAUGGGACAAGAACUCGUGGACAACGUUGUGUACAAAGAACAUGCCCUGACGCUGACCUCCAGGCUCUGACGAGAAAACGCCUAUUCCCUCCUCAGACCUCCUCACGCGUCUCCUCCGCCCUCCUCAGACCUCCUCACGCGUCUCCUCAACCCUUCCCUGGCGCCUCACAGCACUACUAUUGGCGCCAGCGUCUCCACUGAGGGGCGCCCUUCUCCUCCGAGGUCGGCCGAGAAACCCCCGCCGGUCUUCCCGCUUCGCCCCCCCUCCUGCCUGCUCCUCCUGCCCUCCCCCCUCUCCUCCUCUCCUCUAACCUCCGCCGACCUGCACGCCAGCAUGUCCAUCGCGCUCAAGCAGGUCUUCAACAAGGACCGGACCUUCCGGCCCAAGCGCAAGUUCGAGCCGGGCACCCAGCGCUUCGAGCUGCACAAGCGGGCGCAGGCCUCGCUCAACUCGGGCGUGGACCUGCGCGGCGCGGUCCAGGUGCCCCAUGGCGAGGACCUCAACGACUGGGUGGCCGUGCAUGUGGUGGACUUCUUCAACCGGAUCAACCUCAUCUAUGGCACCGUCUGCGAGUUCUGCACGGAAAAGAGCUGCCCGGUCAUGUCCGGCGGGCCCCGCUACGAGUACCGCUGGCAAGACGAGCACAAGUACAAGCGGCCCACCCCGCUGCCCGCCCCCGUCUACAUGAGCCUGCUCAUGGACUGGAUUGAGGUGCAGAUCAACAACGAGGACAUCUUCCCCACCAGCGUAGGGAUUCCCUUCCCCAAGAACUUCAUCCAGAUCUGCAAGAAGAUCCUGUGCCGGCUGUUCCGCGUCUUCGUGCACGUCUACAUCCACCACUUCGACCGCAUGAUCCAGAUGGGCGCCGAGGCCCACGUCAACACCUGCUACAAGCACUUCUACUACUUCUGCACCGAGCUCAACCUCAUAGACCGCAAAGAGCUGGAGCCACUGAAAGAGAUGACCUCACGCAUGUGUCAUUGAGCGCAGGUGGCGCACGCCACCCUAGAGACCACGCUUUGGAACCCCACCCUGUGUACGGGAGGUUGCCAUGGAGAGGGGAGGAUCACCAGCAGUGGCAGAACUGACUCUAAACCUUGAUGACAUCAUCUAGGCUCUGAGAGCCAGGAAGAAAACCUGCUGCCAGGGUUAACAAACAUAACACGCCCUGUAAACCACCACCCCUCCACACACACACACACCUUACCCCCACUCUCCUAGCCUGGGCACAGCAGGGGCAGACGUUUAAGCAAAACAGCACCACCUACUGGUGAGAUCGGCACACUACAUGUGUUACAACGAUAAUGUCCACAAGAUGGCACUCUCGUUCAACAAUUACUGUAGUUCAGCAAAUUACUCCCGAAUCAGAGUAGAGGUAGUGUCUGCCUAGUUUUGGUUCAUCUGCUUGGAAUUUCUGCUGACUGUAUUACAUCUUCAGUGCGUAACAUGUUUUUAUUUAACUUUGUCUCUUAAUUCCUGAUAUUCUUCCAAUGAUGUUGUGGACUCAUUAGUUUUUAUUUUUUAAACAAAUUGAUCUUCCUACUAGUUUUCACAAAUAUUUUAGUCCUUCUAUGUGUUUCUAAUUUCCAUGAGGUUUUUUGGAGUGGAGACUGCCAAAACAUUUUCCAGUCAAACUCAUUUUAAGUGGUUGGCCACUGCCUAUACAUUGAUAAGGGUUUUAACUAACUGACUUGUAACUUUAGUCAGGAUGUUUGGACCUGCAGUGACUUUUGGUAAUCCUCUUUUUAUCAUUAGAACGUGAGAACAAAGAACAUUCAAGUUUGACACAAUGUUACCUUCCUGGGCUACGCAGCGUUUGCAGUGCAGUGGUAUGGGUUUUGAUGGGAGAACUCGUGUGGAUGAGAAGCAGAGCAUUGAACUUUUUAGGGCGUCUCUUUUGGUCACUAAGUGAUUCUUAGUAGCAUAAGACAACCUGUACAGACAUUAUUGUGUUGUCAACCUCUGUCCAGAUCCUGUCUAUGUGGUGAACUGAACUGUAGUUUAAGUGUGUUGCUGCUUGGCACAUCAAGUUGGGUGUGAUUAUCUAAAACACAAUUCCUGAGUAUAAUUUCAGUACAGUCUUUCUGGAUGUGACCUGUUGUUUCAACAUGGUCACUCACAAAUACACACAAACAAACUGUCUCUGUCGGUCCAAAAGUGUAGCAUUCCUGAAAUGGACUAUAAUUAACAACAUUGACAUUUUGAUUUACUUUUUUUCCAUUGGUUUGUUGUUUUCUAAAACUGCAGUUUGAAUACCUCUGUUUUUCUUCAUAUGUUAAUCUCUUCUUGUAAACUAAAGAUGUUGAUGAUUUAAUGUAAAGUGUACAAUUGAAGCAAUAAAGAGUGUAUUUUGAUUCAA